UCAGUGGCUCGUUCAGUCGGUCGUUGUCUGUGGUCGUCGUCUGAGGUCCCGCCAGUUCCUGUUGGUGUAGCGAUGACUUAGAAUUCCCUCUGACCUUGGACGCGUCUUCGGUUUCUCUCCCUCCCAGGACUUUUUGGUCGAGCAAGGAAUUUUCGAAGAACAAGAGCGCUCGUUGACUCUUGGGCGGCGUCUGACGAACUCCCCUGGACGCGAUGCCCCUCAAGAGCUCGUGCCCGUCUACUCGGAGGCACUGCGUCUGCCGCGGUGCUGCGCCCACGGCCAGGCGCUGGAGACCGACGGGUCCUGCGUCCGCCACCGCCGCGCCGCUUUCACUCCGCAGGUCGUUAUCGGAGACACCCUGGUGGAGGCGGUCAACGUCAUCAAGGAGCCGCCGACGGCCGUGGUCUGCGCCGCGCUCGGGGGCACCGAGAGAGUCGUGCCCGUCGUUCGCGGCGAAAUCGUCAUCCUCGCCGACCCCAAGUGGCCCGCGAUUGUGUACUGGAAGCCUCCUGGCGGCCAAGGGCCCUUCACCAUCAAGGAGUUCUGCGUCGCCGUGCGGGAGGAGGAGGGGACGCAGGAGGACCAGUAUCUCAUCAAAUUCUGCCAACAGAGCCCGGUUGCUCUCCCAACCGCAUGCCAGAGUGCCUACUGCUUUAGGAAGUGCUGCCCAGAGGGCCAGGAACUCAGUGGCAAUGCAUGCGUCGACAGUAGCGACCCCUGGCAGGCUGUGUUCUCUCCGAAGGACGACCCUUCGGUGACCGUCCCUCCUCAUGCAGACCUGGACGUGGCUUACGGAAUACCCAAGUGCAAGCACCUUCUGGUCUACGAAGACUUCAUCCUCGGUCCCAAGGGCGACCUGCACCUGCCUGGCGCCGAGCCCUUGCCCCACACCCACUACUGCGUCGAGAGGACACACACGGAGGGAGGGCAGGCGACGGAUGUUGCGAUUGCCUGCGCCCCCGAAGCCGUAACGUGCGACUGGAACAGCAAAAUCUUGCAGCCAGUGCUGCUGAGCGUGUCCUGCGUCUUCCUCUGCGUCACGGCAAUCAUCUACCUGUCGGUCCCAAGCCUCAGGAACUCGCUCAACGGCCGCUGCCUUGUCUGCUUCGUCGCCUCCAUGUUCCUCGCGUUCCUCACCCUCAUCGUCAUCGGCCGCCACCGAGAUGGAUUCGGCAGCUUCCAGUGCACGUUCUCAGCCACAUUUUGCCUGACGUUCAUCCUUGCAACGUUCUUCUGGCUGAACGUCAUGUACUUCCGGAUCUGGUCCGAGCUCAGGUCUCCCAGCCAAGACAAGCCUAAGACCAGCUGGUUCCUUGGUCUCUGCGCCUACGGCUUCGGCGGCCCUCUGCUGGUGACGAUGGUGGGUCUUGGGAUGGAUCUCGCAGAAGCAGAUGGUAUCAGACCGAAUUUCGUCCUUCCCUUCUGCUGGUUCAAUGACUACGAAUCUCGCUGGGUUUACCAAUACGGCAUUAUCCUGGCGCUCCUCAUUGUGAACCUGAUACUCCUUGUGUGGUCUGCUAUCCUGUCGGCAAGGAGGAUGAAGACAUGGCUGAUUCACCGUGCGUCUGACAAGAGUCAAGGAAUUACCCUCUUCUUCUGGCUCUUCCUCAUCAUGGGAGUCGUUUGGAUAUUUGAAGUCAUUACAUGGCAUGCAAAAGGCCAAUGCAAGAUCUGGACGAUUGUGUUCGAUUCCGUCAACGCUCUGCAAGGAGUCUUCGUCUUCCUGGCUUCGGUCGUCUUCAGGAAGGACUUAAAGUUACAAGGCUGGCGAUGGACCCGGGUGCCUACGGACGAGCGAGGGCCUUCCAACGGACGGUAUGCGACAAGCAACGUGGAGCUCGAGCAGCCGGCGACUCGAAGCGCCGAGUGAAUCAUGGAACUGCUUCGAGAUAAAAUGUUUCGUGGUGUUUUCGCUACCACGUGUGCCUUUACUACAACAAUAUGCAACUAAUCAAAAAAAAAAUAUGUGUAUUUUUGUUGUAAAUUUCGACGUAUAAAAAAAUUAAGUAUGAAGGUAUUAUAGAAGUGCCCCUGCAUCAUCCACUCACAAUAUUUUUAUUAUUUACAUUCUAACAUGGUUAUUUUGAAAAUAUCUGUGUUCAUAUGAACAAUCAAUAUCAUCGUAGAGGGGACACUGUAAACUUUGUAAUUCAC